AUGCCUGUUGCAGCCGUCGGCCUGCUGGUCGUGCUUUCCGUCGAGAGCUUCAAGGCUUCCUCGCGCUUCUUCAACAAACGCAGAUCAAAAAAGCACGGCUUCGCCUCUCUGCGCACAGAUUCGCUGGGCCGACCCAUCUCUGAGGACGGCAAACUUCUCUCCAAGAACGAGGCUCGAGCUCUUGCUGCACACAAUAAGGAGAUCCAGCGCAUCCGUACCGCUGAACGCGAAUGGCGUGCUAAAGGCGAGCGCCUCCCGGCUUACGCCGAAACGGACAACGAGGCCAUCAUCGCAUCGCUACGUCGACCUAGCACCGCUCCUGCCUCGGGUCGAAGCUCCACAUCGGCCAUCCGAGAGAUCAGUGAAGCUACGUUGCCGUCCACAAGCGCAACGAACGUUCCACCAACAACAGCCGCGGCAGCCUCAACCUCGAACGAAUCGGCGGCUAGACCAAGAGCGAUGAGCACAGCUUCAGCUCCGCUCCUGAGCACCACACGCAGUCAAAGAGAGACUGGCAACGACGACCUCGCAGUCUCGACGUUCCAAGCUCUGGAUGACGGCGCAUUUGCCAUUCGAAGGCGUACACACACCCUCGUAUUGCCAACAAUAAUUAGCACCAACGAGACGCCCGAGAUCGAGGACAUCUUCCAACACGACGGACAGGAUUGGAGGAGGUCGACGUGGGAAGCUCCUCCUCUCUACGAUCGUUCACAAGCGCUGCUGGUGCCGGCCGCCUCGCAGGCUGCUCAGCCUUGA